UCCAACUCUUAGCAGACAAGAACAUCAUGAGGAUGUUUGUUCAUCAGGUGCUUAAAAAUACCAAGCUAUCUGUCUUUUCUCUAAUAACUUCCUCUGCCAUAGUUUUUCUCAUAUAUGCAGAUGGUGUUACCUACCAUGAUUGCGUACACUCUGCAUCUAACACAGAAACUCCAGAGAAGUUGGAACUUCAAAAUAACAGAACAACAAAAACAAUAAGCCCAACACUUGUUCACAUAAAUUUCCGUUCCAUUCAAGAAAAGAAGGAUGAAGCUGAGAGGAAAAACCACUAUACUCUAGUUGCCCCAUUGAAUGCUACAGAAGAAGAAAGAAAAGUUUGGUUUCGAGAACAUCUGCAUCACUUCAAGAUCCUCAAGUCAAACAACUUGACCCAACAGUUUCAUGCUCGAGUUUCGGUAUUUUUCGGACGCGAAUGCGAGGCCCAGUUUUUCAUGACAUGGAUUUCACCUGCAAGUUUGUUUGGAGGGAGAGAAUUACUGUCAAUGGAAAGCAUUUUCAAGAGCCACCCCAAGGCAUGUCUGGUAAUUCUAUCGAGAACUCUGGACACCAGACAUGGCUACAAGAUCCUGAAACCACUGCAUGAUCGUGGGUUCAAAGUGCAAGCAAUGGCCCCAGACUUUUCAUUUUUGGUCAAGAGGACUCCAGCAGAAACAUGGUUUCAUGAGCUAAAGAAGGGUAAAAAGGAUCCUGGUGAGAUUUCCUUAUCUCAGAAUCUAUCUAAUCUGAUAAGACUUGCAGUUCUCUACAAAUAUGGUGGUAUCUACAUAGAUACAGAUUUUAUAAUUAUGAAACCCUUAAAAGGGUUAAGUAAUUCUAUUGGUGCACAGAGCACGAGUUUGGAUUCUAAGCACUGGACCAGAUUAAAUAAUGCAGUUCUGAUUUUUGAUAUGAGACAUCCACUUCUGCAUAGAUUCAUCAGUGAAUUUGCUCUGACUUUUGAUGGAAACAAAUGGGGUCAUAACGGCCCCUAUUUGGUUUCAAGAGUAAUUAAGAGGCUGAGGAAAAGACGCGAUUUCAACUUAACAAUUUUGCCUCCUAAGGCCUUUUAUCCAGUAGACUGGAACAAGAUAACUGGGUUCUUUACAAAACCAAAAACUCAGAGCGAAUCAAGAUGGGUAGAAGCCAAACUGCUUCAGCUCAGUGGGAAAAAGACUUACGGGAUUCAUCUAUGGAACAAACGUAGUAGCAGAUUGACAAUUGAAGAAGGAAGCGUCAUUGAUAGACUUGUAUCAAAUUAUUGUGUCAUUUGCAACCAUAAAUAAUACCUUUCUUAGGUACACAAUUAUUGACAUGAAAAAGGCGGAGAUUUCGUCAAUAAUGGAAGCCAUGUUAACCUGUUAAAGAGCAAGACUAUCAAGUGAAGAAACUUCUGUGUACCUAUUUUUCAUUCAUUUUUCCUUCUGUACAGAAAACAUUAAUCAGCUAAUAAAGGAACUGCAUUCCAGUCUUC